AUGAUUCUUUUGUGGGCGGCCGCUUUGGUAGUAACUGCCGCGGCGCAGUACUUUCCGCCCAUACCAGAUGGUUUGAAGGUAGUUGAAUCAAAGCAUCAAAAGGGAGUAAAGAUUUCAUACAAACAGGUGCGAUUUCUUCCAAAGUUUCAAUUUAAAUAUGAUAUGGUCAUUGAGCCUGGGAUCUGUGAAACAACUCCAGGAGUGAGAUCAUAUUCGGGUUACGUUCAUCUACCCCCAGGCUCUCUGGACGAUGUAAAUGUUGAUCAAGACUACCCGAUCAAUACUUUCUUCUGGUUCUUUGAAUCUCGCCAUAACCCAAAGAAUGCACCACUGUCCAUAUGGAUGAACGGAGGCCCAGGAAGUUCUUCUAUGAUUGGCCUCAUGCAGGAAAAUGGACCCUGUAUAGUCAACAAGGAUUCAAAUUCCACGGAGCUCAAUCCAUGGUCCUGGAAUAACUAUGUCAAUAUGCUGUACAUUGACCAGCCAAAUCAGGUCGGCUUCAGUUAUGAUGUCCCAACCAACGGUACCUUUGAUCAAGUUCAAGGAGCCUGGAACUUAUCGGAGUGGGCCGGGGUGCCUAAGCAGAAUAACACCUUCUACGUCGGUACGACAGCUAGCCAAGACAAGUCGACGGUGGCUAAUAGUACUCAAAACUCUGCACGGUCACUAUGGCACUUUGCUCAGACCUGGUUCACCGAGUUUCCACACUACAAGCCCCAUGAUGACCGGGUUAGCAUCUGGACUGAGUCAUACGGCGGUCGCUAUGGCCCAUCUUUUACUGCCUUCUUCCAGGAACAAAACGAAAAGAUACAAAACGGAAGCAUCGAUACCUCGGAGGGAUCACACUACAUUCACCUGGAUACAUUGGGCAUCAUCAACGGCUGCAUCGAUCUCCUAGUACAGGAACCUACAUACCCAGUAAUGGCAUACAACAAUACCUACGACAUCCAGGCUAUCAACAAGACCGUAUAUGAUCACGCCAUGGAUGCGUGGAGCCGCCCUGGUGGAUGCAAAGAUCUGAUCACAAAAUGUCGCGCGCUGGCCGCAGAGGGUGACCCAAAAAUGUACGGCAACAAUGAAACCGUCAACAAAGCAUGUCACAAAGCCGACAGGUUCUGCAGCAACAAUGUCGAAGGUGCGUACAUAGAGUAUGGAGACCGCGGCUACUACGACAUCACCCACAAAAACCCAGACCCUUUCCCACCGUCCUACUUCUUGGGUUGGUUGAACCAACAUUGGGUACAAGGUGCACUGGGCGUCCCGAUUAACUUCACCGAAUCAAGCAACGGUGCUUACAACGCUUUCAAAUCUGUCGGGGACUACCCGCGUUCUGACGUGCAUGGCUACCUCGAAGACCUGGCCUACGUGCUCGACUCUGGCAUCAAGGUCGCUCUCGUCUACGGUGACAGUGACUACGCUUGCAAUUGGAUUGGAGGUGAAGACGCCAGCUUGCUGGUCAACCAUACUGGUGCUUCUGGUUUCCGGUCUGCUGGAUACACGCCUCUACGCACGAAUUCCACGUAUAUUGGGGGCCAGGUCAGGCAGCAUGGUAACUUUUCUUUCGCCCGUGUCUACGAUGCUGGCCAUGAAGUCCCUGCCUACCAGCCCCAGACUGCAUAUGAGAUCUUCUACCGUUCACUCUUCAACCAUGAUCUGGCCACAGGCAAGAUCAAUACUGCACGUAAUAGUUCAUAUACCACAGAGGGGCCUGCGUCUACUUGGCAUAUCAAGAACAAGGUCGCAGAGAGUCCGGAUCCGGUUUGCUAUAUCCUUGCUUUGGAGUCGACAUGCACUGAAGACCAGAUUGCAAGUGUGAUCAAUGGCACAGCUGUUAUUCGUGACUAUGUAGUUGUGGAUGUGGAUGUGGAUGCGGAUGUGGAUGUGGACGUGGAUGUGGAUGGAGAGUUGAAGUAG